UUCUUAAUUUUCUCCACUUGUUUCUUUCAUCCCUUACCUCUAGCCCUUGAUCUCCUUGUGACUACUGUUCUUCACUUUGUAAGGUGCAACCACGGGCGUCAUGGGGGAGAGCAUAAAUUUGCCUCCUGGUUUUAGAUUCCACCCCAAAGACGAGGAGAUCAUCACCCACUACCUCAUCCCCAAAAUCAUCAACCCUAGCUUCACUGCAACAGCCAUAGGCGAUGUUGACUUCAACAAGUGUGAACCGUGGCACCUUCCAGGCAAGUCAAAGAUGCAAGGGGAGAAGGAGAUGUACUUCUUCUUCCAAAAGGACAGGAAGUACCCGACAGGAACGAGGGCCAACAGGGCCACGGAAUCCGGUUACUGGAAAGCCACGGGAAAAGACAAGGAAAUUUACAAGGCCAAAACUACUGCCCUCGUCGGCAUGAAGAAGACCCUCGUCUUCUACAAGGGAAGAGCUCCUCGAGGCCAAAAGACCAACUGGGUGAUGCAUGAGUUCCGGCAUGCGCAGGAGGGAAAGCAUCAUUCCCUUCCCAACCUUCCAAGAUCUGCAAAGGAUGAAUGGGUAGUGUGUAGGGUUGUACACAAAACCAUAGGGCUGAAGAGAUCUAGUACUCCACCAACUGAAGAUGGCCAUCUCAUGGACAGUAUUACCACCUCGUCUCCUCUUAUGGACACCAAAGGUGUUGAUAUGAUUCCUCCUCCUCCUAUGAAUCAACACCAGAACUUCAGUUACAACAACAGUUAUCACACAGUACUGACAAUGGCGAACCUCUUCAAAGAUGAGGCAUUACUAAGGUCAUCUGCAAACGCAAUGUAUCACAACAACGAUAUCUCUUCUGUUGUGUCCUUGAAGCUCUAUGACCAUGACUUUGAUGAGCCAUGGACAACAAGUACUACUCAUGGGUUUUGAUUAGUAUUGUAGAUGAAUGAAUACAGGAAGAAGUUGAGAAUGGUAAUUUAUUUAUGUGAUUAAUUGCUUGGCUGCAUUA